CUCCACUGCUUUCCUAGUGGUUGCGCAAGUUUUGCGUGUGCCGCCGGCUGGUGACUGCAGCAGAAGCCCAGAGAAUUCUGCUGAAAUUUCCCUUCACUGGAACAAGCCUAGUGUUUAGCAAAUUUGGUUUAUAUAAUACGGCUUUAUAAAAACCUGUGUUUCAGUUAGGCGGACACGAUAAAAAAGGGACAGGUUUAACGGAACCAUCAGUUGGGGGGUCGUAUAAUUUUCUGUGUCAUUUUCUUUACUGAAGGUGACAGUAAUAUUAUAACGCGAGGACGGUAGCAUCCUCCCAGCUUCAUUCAUUAUGUCAGUGGUAGGCAUUGAUGUGGGCUUCCAAAACUGCUACAUUGCUGUUGCCAGGAGCGGUGGCAUUGAAACAAUUGCUAAUGAAUACAGCGACAGAUGUACGCCGGCAUGUGUGUCUCUGGCAUCCAAAAACCGCUCGAUUGGAAAUGCAGCAAAGAGCCAGAUGAUAACAAACUUCAAGAACACAGUCCAUGGAUUUAAGAAGUUCCAUGGCCGAGCAUUCGACGACCCCAUUGUGCAGGCAGAGAGAUCUAAGGUUCCCUACACCCUGCACAAGAUGUCCAAUGGCAAUGUUGGAAUCAAGGUGAGGUAUCUGGAUGAGGACAGAGUGUUCACCAUCGAGCAGGUGACAGCGAUGCUGCUGACAAAAUUGAAGGAGACUUCUGAGAGUGCGCUGAAAAAGCCAGUGGCGGACUGUGUCAUUUCAGUUCCGAGUUUUUUCACAGACGCAGAGAGGAGGUCUGUGAUUGACGCCGCUCAGAUUGCUGGGCUGAACUGUCUUCGGCUCAUAAACGACACCACUGCAGUUGCUCUGGCUUAUGGGAUAUACAAGCAGGAUCUCCCUACCCCAGAGGAGAAGCCCCGCAAUGUCGUCUUUGUGGACAUUGGGCAUUCAUCAUACCAGGUCAACAUUGCUGCUUUCAACAAGGGCAAGCUCAAGGUCCUCGCCACCUCCUUUGAUUCCUACCUCGGAGGCAGGAACUUCGACGAAGUCUUGGUGGAUUAUUUCUGCGAGGAGUUCAAGACCAAGUACAAAAUCAAUGUGAAGGAGAACCCCAGGGCCCUGAUUCGACUCACUCAGGAGUGCGAGAAACUAAAGAAACUGAUGAGCGCCAACUCCUCCGACCUCCCGAUGAACAUCGAGUGCUUCAUGAACGACAUCGACGUGUCGGGGAAGAUGAACAGGGCUCAUUUUGAAGAACUGUGUGCUCGCUACCUGGACAGAAUUGAAGCACCUCUGAAAGUGGCGAUGGAGCAAGCUAAGCUAACACGAGAGGACAUCUACGCGGUGGAGGUGGUGGGAGGAGGGACCAGGAGCCCAGCCAUCAAGGACAGGAUCUCCAAGUUCUUCUGUAAAGACAUCAGCACCACGCUGAACGCAGACGAGGCUGUGGCACGAGGGUGUGCUCUGCAGUGUGCUAUCCUCUCUCCGGCAUUUAAAGUGCGGGAAUUCUCCAUCACAGACGUGGUGCCGUUUCCCAUUACCCUGAGGUGGAAAUCCUCAUCGGAUGAGGGGGUUGGGGAGUGCGAAGUGUUCAGCAAGAACCAUCCAGCUCCCUUCUCUAAGGUCAUUACUUUCCACAAGAAGGAGCCUUUUGACUUGGAAGCCUUUUACAGCAACCAACAAGAGCUGCCGUAUCCAGAUACUAGAAUAGGAUGGUUCACUGUGCAGAAUGUCAUUCCCCAGCCGGAUGGGGACAACUCCAAAGUGAAGGUCAAAGUUCGUGUCAACAUUCACGGGAUCUUCAGUGUGUCGAGCGCGUCUCUGAUUGAGAAGCAGAAGGGCGAAGCCGACGACGUUCCCAUGGACACUGAACCCACUGUCCAGAAUGAGGGCAAACAGGAGGAGAAGCAGCAUCCCUCUCUUCUCAUUGAAGAUGACAGCUAUAACUAUGAGGAGGAGAGUAAAAUGCAGGUGGACCAUGAAGAUGCACAGCCCAGAGAGCAGGCAGACUCAACCAACCAGCCAGGUGAGGAGGCUGGAGCUUCGAGCACUGACAACAAGGAGGGUGGCGCUGCGGAAAAACAGGAGCCGAACUCUGGGGCCUGCGCGCCCAAGGUGAAGGUCAAGAGCAUCGAUCUCCCCAUUGUGGCCAACACCAUCAGACAGCUGGGCAGGGACGUGCUGAACAGCUUUGUGGAGAAUGAGGGAAAGAUGAUAAUGCAGGACAAGCUGGAGAAGGAGCGGAACGAUGCCAAGAACGCUGUGGAAGAGUACGUCUAUGACCUCCGGGACAAGCUGUGCAGCAUCUAUGAAAAAUUCAUCAGUGAAGAUGACAGCAGCAGACUGACCCUGAUGCUGGAGGACACGGAGAACUGGCUGUACGAGGAGGGGGAGGACCAGCCCAAGCAAGUCUACGUAGACAAACUGGCUGAGCUGAAGAGAUUUGGUCAACCCAUUCAGGACCGGCACAGGGAGCAUGAGGAGAGGCCGAAGGCAUUUGAUGAACUGGGCAAGAAAAUUCAGCUCUUCAUGAAAGCAGUGGAGGCCUAUAAACAAAAGGAUGAGAGAUAUGAUCACCUGGAAGCAGCAGAGAUUGCAAAGGUGGAGCAGUGUGUCAAUGAGACGAUGAACUGGAUGAACAGCAAGAUGAACGCGCAGAGUAAGCUCACUAUAGCCCAGGACCCUGCGGUGAAAGUGACAGAAAUCAUUGCAAAAACCCAGGAUCUGGAUAGGAUCUGCAGUGCUGUUAUCAACAAGCCAAAGCCUAAAGUGGAACUCCCACCAGAUGAGAAGGACAAGAACGGUGAGGCUCAAAAUGGCCCAGUGAAUGGACAGAGCGGGCCGGAGGGCAAGACGGAGGCCAAGGGAGAAAACCCCCACCCGACAAAGCCACGUACAGGGGAAAUGGAGGUGGACUGAGACCAGCGCCCCCAAGUGUUUUCAGGAUAUCCCAUCAUCACUUUAGGUUUUAAAUCAGUUUUUAGAGCUGGUUUACAAGACACGUAUUGGGUUUGUUCUCCACGUUCUGUAUUUUAUCGGUUGUCCCGUGUUUUAGUUUCUUACACCUUUUGUUUUUGAAUUUGAAUACGUUAUUGCAGUCAGGUGUGGUUUAAGAACACGUCUAUCUGGUUCAACCAGGGUUAUCGAUGGGGGACAGAUUCUUUAGUGUUUAUAGUCAUGUCUGUUAUUGUGUUAGCCGAUACUGGAUUGGAGUGUGUAUUCUGCGAACAUUCUGCUUUAUUCAAAAACAGAUUGUUAUUCCGAAACAUACCUUUAGGCUUGUGAAAGGUAACUUUAAGACUAAGGCGUUGGAUUCUGUAAAGCCUUAGAAGUAAAUAUGUAUUGCACAUAAGAUGUUGUUGGUGAAUAAAUUAUAUUACAUGCCAUUAAAAUAAUUAAGAUAUGAGUUAAAAAAAUUAUAUAUUUAAAUUACUUUUUGAGAUACGUUUUCUGUUUUGAAUUUGUAAAUAUUAUAGUAAUUUAAAUUGGCAGUUAGUUACACAUUCGAAGAAAAGUUUAAGUGCGUAUUAACAACUGUUAUUGUGAGAAAACUAGCAACAGCAAAAUGGUUUUUGGAUUCCAGGAGAAGCCGUCUUGGUUGUGUUUUAUUGUACUGAUCCAUUCCCACAUUUACUUCGUAGAAAAUGGAGACAAUUGAAAAAAGCUGUUAUUCUGACCAAAAACAAGCACUGAACUAUGUCAAGUUCAUUUGGCGCUCAAACAAGGACAAGAGCAUAAAUUAACAUAGAAAACUGUUUCUGUGUUAUUUUCUUGUUUGUUUUCUAGCAGUUUGUUCUGUGGCAUUUCACAUUGUACUGAUAAGUUACUGCAACUAAAGGGUUUCUUAUAGCAGGUCAUAAGACUGACACACGGAGGGGAUUCUUUCAUUAGACCACUUUUCAUUUCGGUUUCCCUUUAGAUGCUGGAUUGUAAAAUAGUGCUCUGCCAUUCCUAAGAAUAUAAAUUUAAACUGUUGUGGAACAGAAACAGCUAUGGUAAUCACAUGGAUAUUUAAUAGUCUUAGCUGUUCCUUGAUUUCACUAAUUAGCGACAAUUGAGAAGGGUUCUUGACUUGCAUUGUUCCCUUCAGAAAAAGGUGAAAGAUAGAAACUUCCAUUUCAGUGUUAAAAAAACUAAAAACAAUACUUUUAUUUGAAUCCAUUGAUCAUAAUGCCCCAAAAGCUAUAGGACUGCUUUGCACAUCUGCUAUAAUACUGUAAAAGCUCACUGGAUGAGAUAACAAUGUACAUUUUGAAAAAACAAAGUGCUCUACAUCUCUGUUUUUGCUGUGAUUUCAGUGGCAGUUGAGACUGACUUGAUUUUUCUUAAAAUUAAUUAAAUAAAAAAUGUUUGGAAGUGCUGCUCCGAACCUUGGUGAAAAUCCACAAGAUUAAAAGCCAUGGUGGAAAUCAGAGAACACUUUCUAGUUCAGUGCAGCAGGUAGGGUAAAUUGGAUUGACAACUGCUUGUGAGGUCUGCAUGUUGACACGGCUUGCGAUUUAACAUGAGCAUGGAGCCUGGCAAAGCUUCCUGAAUAAUCAAGCCUGAUAAAGCCGGGCUGAUAUUCCUUAUGCACUGAUUGCAUUUGUUUGGUGAGGGAUGCGUGUUGUCAAUACCUGUCUUGUUCAGCAAAUGUACAAUGAAACUACAGUAUGUGCCCUCGAUUUCCUCACAAACCUUCUGUUACUGUGUUUGUAAAGCUAUCGACUUUUUGCAGCCAGUUCUGGAGAUAGAGAUGGAUUGGUCCGUCUUUGCAAACCAGGAUAUUUUUUUAUGUAUACUUAUGAUGCUCCUUGUGCAAAUUAAAUACAGAGCAGAAGACGGUUGUGUUUUGGUUCUGGAAGGUUCCUGUAAGAACUUUUGUUUCUUUGUUAUUCCCUUUUCAAACAUGUUAGUGGAAGUAUUUGUGAUUCAAAAUAUGGGAGGUUUGACAAAGCUUUUAGCAUUUCUAUCAAAGACUAUGACAUUCUGAGCAGUACAAUCUUGCUAGAUGCAUCAGAUGUAAGCAUUUCUUAAUUAAACUUUCAAAAAUGUUGUCUGAUAAUCUACAUUUUAUUUUAUUUUGUUCUCUUUAUAAGUAACUCAGCACUCUACAAACACAAGGUCACCAGCUUUUAGUUUAUACAAACUAUGCAUAUUCUGAUUUAAUAAAAAUUACAGUAUAAUUUCCAUGGUAGGGCAUUUAAUCUCUUUGUCUAAGUAAUUAUUUUGGCCUUAUUUGCCCAAGUAUUGCCAUUACACACUGACCCCACUUUCUAGAGUAAAUGGAUGCUGUACUGAUGCUGAGUUCCAGUAGUUUUACAUCUGUAACUGGCAGCUUUGUAUUUUCUGCUUUAAGAAAUAGUGAAAUAAAGUUUAUCAUAUUCCAUUGCAGCUGUGUAACAAUUCUGUACCAAAAGGAUAAUUAAAUACAUAAAAAUGA